AAGUUGAAUUUUCCGAAAAUCCCAAAUCGAUACGUCUAGACAUUGAGGAAGUUUUAAUGUGGAUGUGAUUUGUGUAAAAGGUUGGUUUUACGCUCUUUUUGUCACCACACUACUGCCGACAACUAACUAUGCAACAGGAUACGGUACUUUCUAAUAAGAAGUUUUCACUAAAAGGUCGGAAAUGCAAUAGAAAUAUCUGAAAAAAUACUGAACCACAAGGGAGAUAACAAUGGCGGCUGCAGUGACGCCGGGGUCGGUGGAUGGAACCCAGAAUGAGCAGUACUACCUGCGCCUUCAUCUUCUUCUUAUGAAGGCUGGCGAGGUUCUCAGGGCAAAAUUCGACUCCAUUAUUAGCCCAAAUGACCUGCUGAAUGAACUGAGAAAUCACAAACGCGUGAUUGAUAAAUUGCAGAAAGAUGGUGUAAUUUCUAGGGAGCAAUAUCGUCUGCUCAAUCCUAAUCCAGACUCACAAAGGUUUGACGUUAGUCUGCUGAUUGUUCUGCUCAGAAACAUCUGCAACUUGCAACCAAACAAUUCUAUUUGGAAAGAGAAUGACAACAACAAAAUAACAAACACCAUAUCUCCUGUCAUUUCAAACAUCGUUCGGAUAAGGAAUCUCCGUAACAAGAUGCAACAUAAGGAAAUUGCUUAUCUUGAACAAAAAGAGUUCCAAAAGAACUGGAGUUUGCUGGAAAAUGCGAUGGUAACACUUGGCCAGUCAUGUGGGCUGAAUGACGUGGAGGCUGAUAUCGCCGAGCUGAUGACAAAGACCCUCGACGUUGUGACGCCUGAAAUGAAAAGCCUCCGGGAGAUAACGUUAUGGUUCCUUGAGGAGAGCUGUGAUGAUGAAUUCUACGUGGAAACAGCCCGUUUUCAAGACGCCAUUCAUUUGCUAAAAGAGAAGCAUUUCAUCGUGCUAACUGGUCAUCCAGGUGAGGGGAAAACUGCCAUGGCAGCCAAGCUGGCCCUAGCUGAAGGCACGAAGCCGGAAAACUGCCUUAAACUUCAACAUGCACGAGACUGGAGAAAAAUUGAUUGGUCAUUAAAGCUGUUUAAUACAGUGAUUGUAGACGAUAUGUUUGGAGGAGAUGUACUCGACCAAAAUCUUAUUGCUGAUUGGAAACUGUACCUGCCUGAAAUGGAGAGAGCUGCACUGCAGAAUCGUUUGAGAAUCAUAAUAACCACAAGGCACUACAUUAAAGAGGAGGCUUUGGAGGAAAUGGACAAGCUCACAAUGUUUGAUGACAAGGAUGGAUACGUUUUGCUCUUGUCGUCAAAGAUGCAUUUGUCGUUUGACGAAAAGAAAGACAUUCUAAUGUCAAGGGCAAAGAAAAACAAAUCUGAGGACAUGAUUGACACCUACCGUAUUAGAUACGAGGACUGUGUGAGGAAGGCAGAGGGAGUGAUGAACUUGAAAGAGGGUCAAAGAGAAGACCUUGUGUUUGGGUUUCCGCAGUGUGCAACCUUGUUCGUUCGAAGUGAAGCGUUGAUCAAGCUGGGCUCUGUUUUCUUCAGCAAACCGGAAAUACACUUCAAAACAUAUAUUGACCAGUUGUACAAAGGCAAGGAUGAAGAGCAGUUCCAUAAGUUCUUGGCUUUGGUUACUGUCUGGGCAGAACAAAAUAUGAAAAUGAAGGAACUUGAUUUACAAAAUGCCAGCAAAGUGUCCGACCAUGUGAAACAUGUUGCAAAAUGUUUUGGAGUUAAGGUUAAUCACCUAUUCGUUGAAACUUUAAAAUCUUCUCUGAAAAGCCAUGUUCAUGACCUGUUAUUGUUGAUCGAUCAUUCUGGAGAGUACACCUUCAGUCACAAUGUAAACGGGGACAUGGUUGGUGUAGUCCUUGGAAGUCACAAACUCCUGGAAUGCAUUGCGUUAUGCCCGAGAGACUUCCUGAUGGAACGCGUUACAAUCGCACCAGCCAGAGAGGACGAGCUUCGUGUUGUAGUGCCAAAGAAACACUAUGAUGCUCUGUGUAAAAAGUUUGCAAAAAUGAUUGGUCGAAAAAACUGCAAUCUUGUGGCAAAGGAGCCGCCACUUGACGAAUUCCAACAGCUUCAGCGUAAAGGUCCUCGCCCUAACACCGUUGAUGUACUCAAUGACAUUGACUUUGGUAUACUGAAACACAGCGCAUUUAAAGACGAAGGUUUCGUGAAACAGUUCAUCAGGUACAUCCGUGAAAAGUAUCUCAAUCAGAAUCUUUUUACUGUUCCUGUAAUGAAAAUGACAGGCUACUUCCUCGACUACGGCAUCAAAAUGCCAGAAAUGGUGAUGUAUCUUCCGGGUUAUACGCUAUACAGUGGGCUGAGUGUGUUGGCGAAAGAAUUGAUUGAGCAAGAAGUUUUUCCAAAGGACCAAGUCGAUCCACUACUCCUGGCAACACAUUCCGGUGAUAUUGGCAUGAUGAAGUUACUUCUAAGCCAUGGAGCGAAAGUUUCGGGAGACACAAUCUAUGUAGCCAUGCAUAAAAGAGGAAACAUGUUUGAACCAAACAAGGUUCUCGAUACAAUAGUUGAAUACCAAGAUAUAGAUAUCAAUGACAAAGGAAACGCCGUUAAUGGGAAUUAUCCGUUGAUUGUUGCAGCCAGAAAGGGCUUUACUUAUGCAGUAAAAUGUCUGUUGCAGCAUGGCGCUGAUCCGUCCGUGAAAAAUGAUAAGAACCUGACGGCACUGCACAAGGCAGUCAUCUAUAAACAUGCCCAUAUUAUCCGACUUCUCAUUGACUAUAAUUCGCCAUUGGACGAGAAGGGUGGAAAAUUUAAGAGGUCGCCUCUUCAUAUCGCCGCUGAUCUUGGUUUAGGUGAAAUCGUCGAAAGAAUUCUGAGCAAAGGUGCAAACGUAAAGAUCAAAGAUCAUCGUGGUCAUUAUCCGAUAUUUCUGGCAGCCAUCAGAGGUCAUUUGGAAACAGUCAGGGUCCUUUUGAAGCAUGACAAAAGUCAGGAUAGUCUGAGAAUUGCAUCCUAUGGCAAGAAAUCGUUUAUCAAAGGCAUGUCACUAUUUCAUGUCGCUGUUUGGAAGAACGACAGGAAGCUUAUCCAGCUGCUCAUCGAUGAGAGGGCGAAUCCUGACGUAAUGGACUUCUUCGGUCAAACCCCGUUGUUCUAUGCUAUUAAUACGGGCAAGAAGACUGCGACGCGCAUGCUGUUGCAGUAUGCAGACAAAUCAAAACCUCAAAAACAGGGAUUUACGCCAUUGCAUGCUGCUAUUCACAAGGGAAAUAUCAAACUUGUAGCCAAACUUGCUGCAGAAGUGGACGUUAAUGCAUUUGACAUGUACGGUCGGACACCUCUUCAUGUUGCAUGCGAAAAAGGAAAUGUAAACGCAGUAAAUCUAUUGCUAAACAAAUACAAUGCAGAUCCACUUAUGAUCACGAAACGAGGAGACACAGUUUUCCAUAUCUUGAGACGAAUUAAAGGAAACAAAAGUCACGAGGAUCAUUGCAACCGCCGUUUGAUUGAGAUGCUUUUACUUAAAGCUCAUCCAGCAAUAUUUGAACGUGUAAAAUGUAUGUCGAACAAAAAGGGAGUGAUCAUUACAGACCUUGUUAAACUUGCCUCGAAGGACCAGAAUACUAUCAAAGUUUUGACGAAAGCGAUAAAGUCCGACUUUGACGAGAUAAGCGAUGACGAUGAUGAUGACGCGGGGGCUAAAGCUUCCUCUAAAAGAGUCGAAGGUGCACAGAGCACCAAUUUUGGAAGUGAAAACUACUCAGAUGAAGAUGAUGAUGACGAAGGCGAUUCUGAAUAUGGGAUGGAUUUUGGAGCAUAUGAUGAUCUUUUCGAUAACGAUGACGAUGACGAUUUCAUGGACUAUGACAUGUUCUAAAUUACUUAAAAACAUAUUUUUCUCAGAUACGUAUUGAGACACAUAUUUAGUUUUAGCAGUCGUUUGCAAAAUGGUAUUGAAUCAAAUAUGCAAGAUGAAUCAGGCUUAACGGUUAUUGUGAAUAAAUUAUAUUUAGAAGAAUUAAUCCUAUCUGUUUUAAUUGCUGUGACAGUGUCUUGAAAUGAUUUUACACAACUUUUAAAAUCACAAAGAUUAUAUUUUGGUUAACAUCAUCUUGCGUGGUUCAAUAGUAGACACGUAUAGAUAAAAUGUCGUAAACUAUUUUAGUCGUAAACUAUUUUAGUUGAUUCAUAGGCUUUGCAAAAUGUUAGUUUUGACCGUGAAAUACAUAUGUUGUGUUUACUUCGCUUAAACUUAAUAUAAAUGCUGUUUUAAAUGUCAAUAAUCGUGUAAUUCUUCGACAUUAUUAUUUGUACUUGUUUUUGUUAUUAACUGUACCCAUAAUAGACUGUGAUUAGUUGUGUGAAUUAGGGAAACAAAUUUUGGAGUUUAUAUCGGUCGUGUAUACAAGUUCCUAGGAAAUAGGAACAUUAUGUUCACAUUCACGAAUAAACAGUAUAUAAUUAUGUGAUGCUACAUUUCAUUGGUUUUAAUGGGGGGAAAAAGCAGAAAUAACAUUUAAUUGUAAAUUGUAGCGCACUGACCAUUUUAUUGUUUUUGUUUUUUUUCUUUACAAAAUCUACUGUAGUAAUUGACAUGUAUAAAAGGGAAAAAUGUAUAAUUGCUGAUAUCGAAGAUAACAAUGGUGCUUUUGAUGACUUUAUUAUUGUAUGGUUUUAUAUUGAAUACUACCAAUAUAUAAAUAUGUUUGAAAUUUGUAAAUUUAUUUACCUUUUCAAAUAUUAACGAGAAUAGAAAACUGGCGAUGUAUGUUUUUAAAGCUAUAGAUGUAAGGAAAAAAUAUAUUAAUUGUUACGGAUAAAUAUUGACAAUAUCUCCUCACGCUUUUGUUUGUUUUGUAGUUUUGUAUGUGUAGUUUAAUAUGUUAAGUUAAAAUGGUUAAAUUCUUAUUAUGUAACUUAACUUGAUAUUGUAAGACUACUGACUAUGGCAUAUCACAUAUAUGUUUUACUGCUUGGGUACGCAUGGGCAUAUUGCCUAAUGUUUUUGAAAUAAACUCUUAACUCUGUAUAAUAAUA